AUGUCAUUUACCCUAAAACGCAAUCUCAACUCUCGAUCUCUUAAUCGCUCUCCUUUUCUCUUGGCCGAAACGCAACUUCUUCACAGUCCAUCUUCUUCAAGAGUCAAGCUUUUUUGUCUCGAUCGUGCUGGUAAGGUGAGAGGACAGGACAUGACAAGAAGAAGAGAAGUCACGGCUCUGGUAAGGAUUGCUCCUCAAGAAUUUGAGCAUGGAUCAGGGAUAAAGAAGCAACAUGUCUAA